GCGUUCCACCGCAACACCCGAUUGCCAAAAUCCACAGCAAACGAGGCAGCCGACUGUACGGACUCAAGCCCUAUUCCCUUCUCGUUUUCCUUUUCCCGUCUAUCUAGAGGGGCAUCGCUCCCUCGAUAGCCUCUCUUCCUCGUUUGAUUUCAAACGCAGCUCAGUAGACUUCGCCGCCGAUGCCGCCGAAGGGCCAGCCGUCCAAGGCGGAGCUCGCCAAGAAGCAGAAGGUCGUGGAGGACAAGACGUUCGGGCUCAAGAACAAGAACAAGAGCAAGAAUGUUCAAAAGUACGUCCAGAGCCUGCAGCAAUCCGUCCAGCCCAAACCUGAUUCCUCCAAGAUCGCCGCCAAGAAGAAGAAGGAAGAAGAUAAGGUCCGAGAGAAGGAGCUGAACGAUCUGUUCAAGAUUGCCGUCAGCCAGCCUAAGGUCCCAGUUGGUGUCGACCCCAAGUCGAUACUGUGCGAGUUCUUCAAGGUCGGGCAAUGUCAGAAAGGUUUCAAGUGCAAGUUCUCACAUGACCUAAAUGUUCAGAGGAAGGGUGAGAAGAUCGAUCUGUACAGCGAUCAGCGUGAUCGUGAUCAAGGAACAAUGGAGGAUUGGGAUCAGGAAAUGUUGGAGAAGGUCGUUGAAACAAAGAAUAAGGAGUAUAAUCAGAACAAACCUACUGAUAUUGUCUGUAAAUACUUUUUAGAUGCAGUGGAGAAGAAGCAGUAUGGUUGGUUCUGGGUUUGCCCAAAUGGUGGCAAGGACUGCCAUUAUAGGCAUGCGCUUCCUCCUGGUUAUGUAUUGAAAUCUCAGAUGAAAGCAUUACUGGAGGAAGAAACUGAAAAGAUAACAAUUGAAGAAGAGAUAGAAAAUCAGCGGGCAAAAGUUUCGACAUCAACUCCUCUUACUCCUGAGUUGUUCACACAAUGGAAAAGGAAAAAGAUGGAAGAAAGAGAAGCUGAUCUUGCUGCAAUGCGUGCUGAUAGGGCUAAGAAUGAUCGCAUGAGUGGUCGUGAGUUGUUUCUGUCAGAUUCAAGUUUGUUUGUUGAUGAUGAUGAGGCAUAUGAGAAGUAUAAUAGAGAAGAACAACCUGAAUCUACUGAGAAGUUGCAGGUCAAGAGUGAGCCAGGGGUGGAGGAAUCAAGUUCCAUGCCUUCUGUUGACAUGAAUUCAGAAAUCCCUGAUGAUGAUGAUGAUGAUGAUGAUGAUGAACUGGAUAUUGAUGAGCUAAAUGAAUUGGAAGCAAGCCUAUCUAGAACAUCUAUCCAGAUACAUGAGCCAGGCAUAGAAUCACAAUCUUAAGAUGCUUGCAAUUAGCUGCAGCUCGUAGCCAGAUGUUUUCUGUGGCCCUGCAUGCCAAUUACCUAUGAUGGCAAUUCUGCACAAUGCAUUUCAAGGCUUGAGUUUAAAAUCAGUAGUGUGAUAGCCAUGAAGUGAUAGAACUUGGUUCUGUUCUAAUCAAGGUCCUACAUUUGGCUGUAUCUCAUUAAAUUCUUAUAGAGAUUGCUUGCUGUGCCAUAGAAGCAAGUUUUGAUGCAUAUUUUUUCUGCUUCACAAGUUAAAAAGACACAGAGAAUGAUUAUCACGGGGCUCUAUAGCUAAACUGAAAUUACUUUGUUGAUAUCAUUUUAUUUAAUCUCGUUUGCAA